AUGGGUGAGGCAUAUUUUAACUUAAAAAGUAAACUGGAAGAAUUGGGCUAUAAUAAUAUACUUCCAAUAGAUGCUGUUCCGCUCGUAGAAUGUGUGCUCGCUGAUCUAUUGCAAACUACACGUAGCUUACAACAUUAUAUGGAUUUAUCUAAAGAAGCCCUUCUACAAAAAGAAGCAUUGAUGAUGGAAGCAGAGCCUUACAAAUGUGAUAAUAUGAAACUCAUUCAAGAGAAUAAUAAACUUCACAGUGAAAUUAUGCAACUAAAAGAAGAUAAUUUUAAAUUAAGUAAGGAAUGUAAACGACGCGUCAACUCUUUAAAUGACGAAAUUAGUAAAAAAGAAUCAUUGAUCAGCAAGCUACAACAUGAUAUAAGAGAUUUAAGUUUAAGAGGUCUUUGUGCCGAUACUCAAAGCAGUCGAAACAAGAGCAAAAGGAAAGAUGGAGGGGACUUUUAUAUGUCUAAAAAUUGUCUUUGUACUGAAAAAAGUUUAUCAACUGAUCAAAAAUUGGCAGAAUUAAAUAGAACAAUACAAUCACUGCAAGAAAAGAAUUGUGAAUAUAGUGAUGAAAUUGAAAUGUUAAAAAACCAAAUAGAAAACAGAAAUAAGGAAAUUGUAAGAUUAAAUAUGCUUCUGGAUGGUGGUAGGCCAUUGGUAGCAGUUCACAAAGACUUUUAUAAUGAUACACCAGAUGUAAAGAUACAAAGAUUGUUAAAACAAAUAAAAGAACUUGAAAGAGCUAAUGAUGACAUUAAAAAAGAGUUAGAAAAAAGUUUAGAUAAACAGCAUGAAGCAAUGCUCCGUGCUUUAUCUUUAGCUGAUAAGAAUAAAAAAUUACAAGAAGAAUUACAAAAAGUUGAUAAAUUAGCAUUAAAAGUAGAAGAAGAUUGUAACAAAAGGUUAGCAACAAUGAUGAAUGAUUUAAAUUUUAUGCAAACUAGAAUUGAAGGAUUAACUAUAAAAAAUUCAGAAUUGGAGAGAGAAUUGUCACAAAAAUAUUCUAAGGAAACUUCACCAAUAGUCCAACAGUCCUUAAAUGUAGUUCUCAAAGAAAAAGAGACCUUACAACAAGAAAUAAAAAAAUUAGUGGAGCUCAACCAAAGCUUACAGGAAAAAAUACUAUCAUUAUCUGAAGUAAAUAAAUGUUUCAAAGAUAGAUUCAGUGUAGAAAAUGAAUAUGUUAAAAAUAAUUCAAAAUGUCAUAUAAAAGAUGAAUUAAAACAACUUUUUGAAGAAGAGAAAAGAAAAUAUGAAACAUACAUUUUAAAUAUUCAAGAAAAGUUAUCAGAAACUCUGAGUCUCUUUAGUAAAAAUGUGUAUACACAAAAAGAAUCUAAUCAGACCUCUUCAAGUGUUUCGUCUGAUAAUGCCUUUAUAAGAGAUCUACAUACAAGAUUAUGUGAAAGUGAGCAAAAAAUACUUAUGUUAAGAAAAGAAAAUGAGGAAUUGAAACAUAAAGCAAUUCAAGUAAAUGAUAAUAAUAAAAGUAGUUAUCAGAAUAUAAUUAGCCAUUUAAACACUGAAAAUUCUGAAUUGUCUAAGGAAAACAUAUCUUUAAGUCAAAAAUUGAGCCAGUACAAAGCUCUCAAUUUAUCAUCUCAUGACAGGAGUGAUAGAGAUAAAGGAAAUGUUCAAAGACUUAAUGAGAGAAUUGAAGAAAUGACACAUGAAAUACAGUUGUUAAAGAAAGACAAACAGGAAUAUAAUUUAAGAUGCAAAGAAGCGUUGGAAUUAGUUGAUAAGUUAAAAAGAGAUUUAGCAUAUAAACAGAGAGAACUAGAACAAUUAGAAGAAGAAAACUGUUCUUAUAAAAUGACUAAUAGGACAGAAAAAGCAUCUGUUGAUCAAUUAAAAGAUGAGUGCAACUUCUUAAGAGAACAGAUAAAGAAAAUGCAAACAGAAUUUAUAAGAGAAAAAACAUUAGCCAAUCAAAUUAAGAAUAUACAACUAGAAACUGAGAGAAGUAGUGCAGAGGUACAAUCUGAACUUUUAUCUGCUCAAAAGAAGCUAAGUAUGUCUAAAGCAAGCAUUGACAAUUUAGAAAAGAAAUGUCAAGAGUUACAAUCUGAAAUAAUUAAAUUAAGAAAUGAAAAAUUAAAUUUAAUAGACAGCAUUAAAGCUAUAGACAAAGAACGAGAUAAAUUGGUUAUAGAUUUGGAUCAUAAAACUGAAAAUAUUGCUGUUCUGGAGCAGAAACUCAAAUCACAAACAUAUGAUAUUAGUAAAUUAGAAAAUGAAAUUUGUGAGCUGAAAAGACAACUCAAUCUAAGUAAAGUUAAUGAACAUAAAUUAGUAGAUUAUGAGUCACAAAUUACUUUCCUGAAUGGAGAAGUAUUAAGAAUAACUAACCAAUAUGACACUGCAAUAAUAGAAAAUAAACAUUUACAAAGUAGCCUAACUGAUGCUAAUGGAGUUUUAAAAUUGACUAAAAUUGAAUUGGAAAAAUCCAGAAAAGAUGUGGAUGGGCUCAAACAGCAGUUGCAACAUUAUGUAGCAGAAAUAAGAAGGAUUGAAGAUCUUCUGUCACAAAAGGAAGCAGAAAGGUCUGAUAUGCUAGAACAAUUUGCAAGUCUUUCUGUAGAAGCAAAUAUAUUGGAAAAUAACAACCAUUCUUUAGAGAGUGAGUCAGCUUCGAAAACCCAACAAUUACAGACAUAUGUCAAUAAAAUUCAGAGUUUAGAAGAAAAACUCAUUGACAAAGACAACAUAAUUGAUAGUCAAUCAGCUCGCAUAGCAGCAAUGACAUGUAAAAUAAGCUCAUUACAAAAUGAAAUCAAACUGAUAACAGAAGAGAAAAAUAUCCUUGCACAAAAUGUAUCAUACCUUAAACAAAUGUGCAACAAUUUACAGUCAAAUGAAAAAAUCAAUGCUUUGACUGUGACUAAUACUGAUUCAGAGUUAAAAUUAUAUGAAAAUAGAAUUAAAACACUUUCAAGUUCAAAAGCUACAUUGGAAUUGGAGAAGGAAGAGCUAAAAGAUAAUUUAAAGACUUCAGAAAAAUUGUUAUCAAAUGCCAGGAGAGAAAUAGUGGAACUGAAGUUAGCAUUACAGGAUGCUACAAAUGAAACUCAAUCUUUACAUGAGCAUGUCAACAGACUUUCAAGCAGCAGAAAUACAAAUAUUGAAGAGAACACAAUAUCAAGGGAAAAAUUGGAACUUCCAUUGAUGCUCGAAGAAACAAUUCAUGAGUUAAGUAAUGAAGACGAUGAUAGUGAUAGAUAUCAUAUUGCUAAUAAGAGUUUUUCAAAAUGUUCACAUAGUAGUACUUUA